CACGGCGACAGAGCCCUUGAAGGUCACGUGAGCGCGCCUGCGCCUCACGUACCGUUGGGAAAUCUGUUUACCCAGAAGCCUGCGCGCCUCUCCGAGGUCAAGACCAAGAUGGCGGCGAGGGCACCAGUUUCAGCAAGCAGUCGACUGUUAGAGGGCUUUCGCAAAUGGUACUACAAUGCAGCUGGCUUCAACCAACUUGGAUUAAUGCGAGAUGAUACAUUGUAUGAAGAUGAUGAUGUAAAAGCAGCACUGAAGAGGCUUCCAGAAAAAAUGUAUAAUGAAAGACUAUUUCGCAUAAAGAGAGCCCUUGAUUUGAGUAUGAAACAUCAAAUUCUUCCCAAAGAUCAAUGGAUGAAAUAUGAAGAGGAUCACAAGUAUCUUGAGCCAUACCUGAAAGAGGUAAUCCGUGAACGACUUGAAAGAGAAGAGUGGGACAAGAAGUAAUUGCUGGGAAGAUGCUUCAUGCAAAAUACUGAAAUUUCUUUCUAACAAAUAUUUGAAAGUUAUUGUAAAAAUCUAAGAGGAAAAUCUGAGGCUGAAGAAACACUUUGUUCGCUGAAUUUUCAGUCCAACUAAAAUAAACAUAUUGAAGUACAAAA